UCAAAUUCAACUCCAACAACAUGAAUUAUUCAGAAAAUAUUCCCUCUUGCGAUUACAAAGCUCCUCGUUUGAGAAGAGAUCAAGAGCAUGUGAUCAUGGUUUCUGCUCUGAGACAAGUGAUAUCCAACGUCAGAGGUGACGACACUUCAUCAUCGAACUCGGUUGCAUGCGAAGCUCUUCAUCAACCUUUGGAAGCUGGCCCUUGUCCUCUCUGCGGUAUCACGGGUUGCUACGGUUGCGCAUUCCCACGGCGUGAAGAGAUAAAGAAGGAGACAAAGCACAAAGGUGUGAGGCAAAAGCCAUCAGGUAAAUGGUCGGCGGAGAUAUGGGAUCCCAGUUUGCAAGGAAGAAGAUGGCUUGGAACGUUUCCAACAGCUAAAAUGGCAGGGAAGGCCUACGAUGAUGCGGCAGCUAAGCUUGUCAAAAGAAAAAAAGCAAGAAGAGGCACAACGAAUGAAGAGGAAGCAUGAACCGAAACGAAGACGGGGGAAGAUGGUUGAGAAUUCUUCUGUUCGUGUUUCAUUCCAAGUAACACAUGCAGUGGAGUCAUUGUUAUGUACAAAAUUACACAUCAUUUAUUUCAUUGAUCAGAUUCUUUUACAUGUGUUAAAUAUUGUAUGUUUAUUUAUAUAUUGUGAUUGUUUUUUUCUUCUUCAGUUUUUGGCUUUAUAACUAAAUUUGAUUUUUUUUUCAUAUCUCUAUAAUUUAUUUGAUAAGUCUGUUUAUUACA